CCGUGAGACGAGCCCGAGGCUGGGGCGGGAGGCGGCCCGCGAGCUGCCGAGUCGGUGCGGGUUUCCGACGAGCGGCUCCGCGGCGCCUCGCACCUGCCGGGGAGGGCGCCUCCGCCAGGGUCCUGCGGGGCGAAGCCGCCGUUGCCGAGGAGAUGCGUCCCGGCGGGCAGGGGGCAGCGGGAGCGGAGCAGCCCCGCAGCGGCGGCGGCGCGGAGGCGAUGGCCGGGGCUGGGGGCGGCACCUCCGACCGACGGAGCUCUGGGCGGGGCGGACGGGGAGUGUUUCCGGCCAGCUCAGCAGCCGCCUUCCGCUCCGCCGCGACGAGCGCCGGUAGCAGCGGAGAGGCCGCGCCGCGCCCCGCGAACGGCAGCAGGGCCCCACCCGGGAGCGCGGAGACGGCUGCGAAGAGGAACGGGAAGAAGCCGGAGAAGCGCCGCCGCCAUGCUGAGCGUGUUCCGCUCCAUCCCCACGCAGAUGGUGAUGUGGUCAAGCCUGCAGAGGAGGUGCUUUCAGCCACUGACUACAAGGGCCAAAAAUUAGCUGAACAGAUUUUUCAAGGAAUCAUUCUUGUCUCUGCAGUAAUUGGUUUCAUCUAUGGAUACAUCACUGAACAGUUUGGAUGGACUGUCUACAUAGUUAUGGCUGGAUUUGCUUUAUCAUGUUUGCUGACGCUCCCUCCGUGGCCCAUGUACCGCCGCAAUCCCCUCAAGUGGCUGCCUGUCCAGGAGUUGGGCACGGAAGAGAAGAAGGCAGCAGACAGGAAGCCAAAGAGACAUUCUAAAAGCUAAAAAUGAUGGUGUCCAGGCUGUUACUUUGUUAAAUUUUGUUAAAUUAAUUUCCACUGAGAAAUACUUCUUGGUUUAGAGUUCGGGUUUUUUCCUAGUACUUUGUAUAUUACUAUGAGUGCAGCCAAGCUCUGCAGGGAGCAUGAAGGCUGGAAGUUGGGUCUGGGGGUUCAGGGGAGUCACUGGGAACACAAGGAUGGGGGGGAUUAAUUUCAGAAGGAGGUCACAUCUUGAGUAUUUCACUAAAAAGGAACACAGUGAAUCAAAUUAAUUCUAGUUAAGCUGUUGCCAUAGCCUAAAAGAUUAAUAAACAGCUGAACUUCUACUGGAA